AUGUCCGCCAAGCGUCAAAAAGUAAGCGAGGAGGAUGCGAGAGGAGGAGAUUCACUUCACGUUCUCGGUUCCGUCGUGUUUGAUAUCUUAUUCUCCCCGAAGAGUUUGCCAACUCCCGGGACGACUGUCUUGAGCGAAAAUGUAAAAAAAGCGCCCGGAGGCAAGGGAGCAAAUCAAGCCCACGCUGCCGGGAAAGUGUUGUCAUCAUCAUCAUCGACUUCGUCUGUUUCAUUUUUCGGUUGCGUUGGAGAAGACGAGUUUGGUGCAAAGUCUUUGGAAUCCUUACAAAGCGUCGGCGUAAAUACAGACCACAUCCAGAUGAGGAAAGAGAAGGCAACAGCGAUAGCUUCUGUGGUUAUCGAUGAAAAAGGGGAGAAUCAAAUUUGCGUCGGGUCGAGUGCCAACAACUCGACCAAUGCAAAAGAAUGGAUAGAAAUAGUUGAAAAGCAAAAGGAAAAGCCCGCAGCUUUGCUUUUGCAAAUGGAAAUACCUCCGAGUGAAGUGUUUGCGGCAGUUCGAUAUUGUUCUGAGAACGGUAUAAUAUCGAUUUUGAACGCUGCGCCAGCUGAUGAAUCAAUUCCAACAGAAACGCUAGAAAUGUUAAAUAUUCUGAUUGUAAAUGAGCACGAAGUUUUGCAAGUUCGCGACUCUGUACUGCGAGAAGGAUACGCUAUGUCUAUUCCGAGAAUUUAUUCCAACGGCAAUACCGAUGGUCCCGAGCUUUCGACAGAUGUUGUUGCCCAAGAUCCUCGCGCAGUUGCACAUCAACUCGCUCAGUCGUUUCAACUGAUUGUAAUCGUUACUCUUGGAGAAGAAGGGUGCGCAGCAAUCUUACCCGUUCGACCUACAGAGAAUGAUGCUUCAACUGGAGAAGAACGCGAUGCGAUAGAUACAAUAUACUCAAGUGCAUUGAAAAACUUGAAAAACGAGGAAAAAAUUGUAAGUGCCGUGGGAGCUGGUGAUGCAUUUGUUGGCGCCUUUUGCGCGUAUCUGGUUGAGAAGCGCGACAUUCACACGUGUUUACGAGCGGCUUCAGCAUGCGGAACUUUAGCCUGUUUAUCGAAUGGAGCAAGGGAUGGCGUUCCGACUCGCCAAGAUCUUGACGAGCGCAUGCACGACGUUGAGUUACUAGGAGUAUGGGGCAAACUGGGCAUUUCUGAGGAAGCUCUGAAAUGUCCAGCUGUAGACUGGUGUCGAUUGAAAAAGAAGUAG